AUGAAUGACCUGCUGAAGGUGCCGCUGGUGCACGUCCUCACCCUGGCAGCCCUCAGCUUGGCUGAGACACUUCUGAAAGCUCCUUUGAUCAGCACUCCUCUGGAAACAGUGGAUGCCCUGGUAGAAGAUGUUGCCAAGUUUGUCUGUGUAGUGGAGUCAUAUCCUGAGCCAGAGAUUACAUGGACACGCAACAGCAUUCCCAUCAGGCUGUUUGACACACGGUACAGCAUCCAGAGGAAUGGGCAGCUGCUGACCAUCCUGAGUGUGGAGGACAGCGAUGAUGGGGUGUACUGCUGCACAGCAGAUAAUGGAGUUGGAGCAGCUGCACAGAGCUGUGGGGCUCUCCAGGUGAAAAUGCGACCCAAAAUAACUCGUCCACCUGUAAAUGUGGAAAUAAUAGAAGGAUUAAAGGCUGUUCUUCCAUGCACUACAAUGGGGAAUCCAAAACCUUCUGUUUCAUGGGUCAAAGGAGAAGCAGUUGUAAAGGAGACUGCUCGCAUUGCUGUCCUCGAUUCUGGGAAUUUAAGGAUACACAAUGUUCAGAGAGAAGAUGCAGGACAGUAUCGUUGUGUAGCCAAGAACAGUUUGGGCACAGCCUAUUCGAAACCUGCAAAUGUGGUAGUGGAAGUGUUUGCCAGAAUCCUGAAGGCUCCUGAAUCCCAAAACAUCACCUUUGGGUCCGUGGUGACACUGCGGUGCACAGCGACCGGCAUUCCAGUCCCUACUGUCACCUGGCUGGAAAAUGGGAAAGCUGUUUCUGUGGGGUCGAUAGCAGAAACCGUCAAGGACAGAGUGGUUGAUUCCAGACUGCAAGUGUAUGUCACCCGACCUGGCCUGUUCACUUGUCUUGCCACAAACAAGCACAGCAAAACUUUUGGAGCUGCAAAAGCAGCAGCAACAAUCAGCAUUUCAGAAUGGAGCAAGCUGUACAAGGGUGACGCAGGCUACUGCAGCACAUACAGAGGUGAGGUGUGUAGUGCUAUCUUGGCGAAGAAUGCUCUUGUUUUCUUCAACUCCUCGUAUGCUGACCCAGAGGAGACCCAAGAGUUGCUUGUGCACACUGCCUGGACUGAACUGAAAAUGGUGAGUUCAUUCUGCCAACCGGCUGCUGAGUCUCUGCUGUGUAACUACAUCUUCCAGGAGUGCAAUCCUUCAGGAGCUGGGCCAGCUCCAAAGCCAGUGUGCAGAGAGAAUUGCCUUGCUGUAAAGGAUCUCUACUGCUUUAAGGAAUGGCUCUCAAUGGAGGAGAACUCUCAGAAGGGGAUUUACAAGCCAGGGCUGAUGCUGCUCACUCUUCCUGAAUGCAACAGGUUGCCCAGCCUGCACGAGAAUCCCAGCUCCUGUACCCACAUCCCUUUCUUUGAUUUCAAGAAGGAGAACAUAACCAGGACUUGCUACAGUGGCAAUGGCCAGUUUUACCAGGGCACAGCCAACGUCACAGCAUCUGGCAUUCCCUGCCAGAAGUGGAGUGAUCAGGCUCCCCAUAUGCACAGGAGGACUCCUCAGGUUUUCCCAGAGCUGUUUGAUGCUGAGAAUUACUGCCGCAACCCAGGUGGUGAGAAUGAGCGUCCCUGGUGCUACACAAAGGAUCCAGCUGUGACCUGGGAAUACUGCAGCGUGUCUCCCUGUGGAGAUGCAUUGUUAUCACUGGGAACAAGAAAACCAAGUGGAGAGACUCUAAAUCUUCCCCCUCCUCCUCCUCCAUUUUCCCCUACAUACUCCAUGACUGUUAUCAUCUCAAUCAUCUCCAGCUUUGCCCUGGUCGUGAUCUUUGGCAUUAUCACCCUGGUUUGCUGCCGUCGUCGAAAACAGUGGAAAAACAAAAAAAGAGAGUCAGAGACACCAACUCUCACCACUCUGCCCUCCGAACUGCUCCUGGACCGGCUGCACCCCAACCCCAUGUACCAGCGCAUGCCUCUUCUCCUCAAUCCAAAAUUGCUUAGCCUGGAGUAUCCCAGGAACAAUAUUGAAUAUGUGAGAGAUAUUGGGGAGGGAGCAUUUGGGAGAGUCUUCCAGGCCAGGGCCCCAGGGCUGCUGCCAUAUGAACCUUUCACCAUGGUAGCAGUGAAAAUGCUGAAGGAGGAAGCAUCUGCAGACAUGCAGGCUGACUUUCAGAGGGAAGCAGCUCUCAUGGCAGAGUUUGACAAUCCUAACAUCGUCAAGCUUUUAGGCGUGUGCGCGGUUGGGAAGCCGAUGUGCCUGCUGUUCGAGUACAUGGCCUACGGGGACCUGAACGAGUACCUGCGUGACCGCUCGCCCCGCAACCUGUGCAGCCUGGCGCAGGGCAGCCUGGACACGCGGCUGCGCCUCCCGAACCCCCUGGCGCUCUGCUGCACCAGCCAGCUCUGCAUUGCCAAGCAGGUUGCUGCUGGCAUGGCCUACCUCUCCGAGCGCAAGUUCGUCCACCGGGAUUUGGCCACCAGAAACUGCCUGGUGGGGGAGAACAUGGUGGUGAAAAUUGCAGAUUUCGGUCUCUCAAGGAACAUGUAUUCUGCUGACUAUUACAAAGCAAACGAGAACGAUGCCAUCCCCAUCCGCUGGAUGCCCCCUGAGUCCAUUUUCUACAACCGCUACACCACGGAAUCUGAUGUGUGGGCCUAUGGGGUGGUGCUGUGGGAGAUAUUCUCCUACGGCAUGCAGCCUUACUAUGGGAUGGCUCACGAAGAGGUCAUCUACUACGUGAGGGAUGGGAAUGUCCUCUCCUGCCCCGACAAUUGUCCUCUGGAGCUCUACAACCUGAUGCGCCUCUGCUGGAGCAAGUUGCCUGCCGACCGGCCAGGCUUUGCCAGCAUCCACCGCAUCUUGGAGCGCAUGUAUGAGAGGGCCGUGGCCAACAUGUCUGUCUGA